AUGGCAGAAUUGCGCACAGCAUUCGCUGUUCUCUUAAUCAAACAGGUCCAACGACAUAAUCAGAACCAAGCAGUAGAAGGAAUCUCAAUCAAACCAGCUAACCCUCGUUCGAGAGUAAGGCCAACCACCAUGGCACUGAGCGGGAGGCACCUGAGGGUGGGCGCCGACAUCUGGGUGCCGUGGGUCGACCUGGGCCGGCGGGAGGACGGCUCCCUCGGCGCCUCCGGGGUCGCCGCCGCCUUCUUCGACAUCAUCGCCGCUAAACUCAACUUCUCGUACACCUUAGUGAUGCCCGAGGACAGGGAGUGGGGGCGGGGCCUUCCGAACGGCUCCUUUACUGGCAUGAUCGGCAUGUGUCAGCGGAAGGAAGUGGACAUGGCACUGGGGCCCUUCGGAGUGACGUGGGAGCGAGCCCAGGUUGUGGACUUCUCAUCCACACUUUACGUCGACGGCUUUGGGAUCUUCCUGCCGCGGCCACGUCAGGAGAGAGACUUAGCUGGAUUCACCAACCCUCUCGCUUGGCAGGUAUGGGUCGCUCUUGGGGCCGUCUUCCUCUUUACACUCGUCCUAGGUGUUGUUAUGAACUGGUUGGCCAGACGGUGCUUCAGGCCAAAGGAUGACGCUGCUGUGGACAGUCAAGGCGAUGUUGUUUUACGCCCCCUCUGGGUCGUGCAGGCUUUGCUCAUUGAACCCAUCGAGAGGCCGCCGGGCCGCCCCAGCAGCCGCGUCCUCCUCGCCGCUUGGCUCCUGGCUGGCCUCAUCCUCAGCUCGGCGUACAGGGGCGUGCUCACCUCUCUGCUUGCCGUGCCCAGGGUGACCGUGCCCGUCGACUCUCUCGAGGAUUUGGUCAGCUACGGCAAGAUCCCCUGGGCCAACGAGAAGGGCACGUCGCUUCAUCAGCUCUUUGGGGUGAGGACGCCAGUAUAG